CAACCCUACAUUCAAGGACUAGCUCGGUCUGCCAACUCAAAUUCGUUGGUAGACCAAAUGUCAUACAAAGAUUGAAAGGUAAUAAAUAGACUAAUUAUAACCUUUCAUUUUAAUAGUACUGGGGAUUACAUUCCCUGUAGCGGUUAGAAAAGCCCGUGAAAAAACAGGCAAAAACAUUAAAUUCAUCAAUUCAACGAUCUCGGCCUUCACAAGCUCAUCAUCACCUAGCAAAUCAAUUGACUUGAAAGUGUUCAUGUUUGAGACGUCACUUUUGCUUGGAGAUGUACUACUUAGGACGACCUUGGUCCUUCUUGCAUAUGAUCUUGGCGAUAGAAACCGUAAUUUCGUAACCUUUUCAUAACCGAAGAAAUUCAGUUUCCUCUUUGCACAGAAACUUGCUUAGUUGAUCUCAUCCAAGAUUAAUUAAUAACCUUAAUUACCAGAAGUGUGACCCAAUUUUUGUCCAACAGGCAUCGUCCUUGUGCAACUCCUUAACAUUGGCCUAUCACUCCAUCCAAUCCAUAGGAAAAUCUAAAGGUGCCAUUAUCGCUUUUAUCAGAACUGUCCCCCUUUAAAAUCUGUUCUUCUUUAAUCAAUUUAAAGUCCCUAUUUCAAUUUUUUCUCCUGUAUCCGUGAAUUAAAACGUUUUCAUACUACAAAAACGACUAAUGUGCUUACGAUAGAUCAAUAAUAAUAAUAACACUUAGACCCAUAACAACGAAGUUCUGAGAUGUUAUCCUGACGCUAUUGUGGUGCUAAUAUUUCAUGAGAUGAGAGCGAGAUCUCUCCCAACUCAGUUAUUGUAGAAUAUUUUUUUGCGAAAGCACUCUGCCGUGAGACUUUCUUGGACGAUAUUCCAAAUUGAACUAAUCUGAAUUCGAAAUUUCUUGUCAAACCGAGUUCUAAAAAGAGCUCCAAAGCUUACUAAUUGCUUCCUAAACUGUUUCUUUAAACCGAAAAAAACAGGUUCGAACAUUCAUGCUAAUCUCAAACAUACCUGCAAGAACCUUUCCAGGCCAAGGUUUCCGAAGUCAUGUCAAGAGCUGUUCUGGUACGAACAGCACUUUCAAACGGCCUAAAUGUCCAAAAUUAGAGUGGCACAAUGGCAAUUGCGGAAGUGAGAACACGCUUCCUGUCAGUCGUUCGUCAUCAUGCCAAGAGACAGAGUCAAAUAUUUCAAACGGGUCAUCCUUUCUCUGUGUCUCAUCGGGUUCGUGUAUGUGGUGUACGAUCAAGUGCGGCACUUUAUCACUGGCAAUACCUCCACCAUCGUGUCUUUCGAGAAGGAGGACUCGGUUCAAUUCCCGGUCAUUGUGAUUUGUCCACGGGUUCCGUUCAAGCCUGGUCUCAAAUACACGCCCUUCGUGAGUCCAGACGAGUACAACAAAAGUUCCAAUUCAGUGGAUCUUCAGAUAGAGGGGAUCGUUCGAUUUGAAUACGACCAAUCCAUCGCUUCUCCUCCUCCAAUUGUAAAUUACACGUAUACCCUAUAUAAUGGUUUAUGUAAGAGCUAUUUCAUUGACCAGCCAGUCCCUUUGGGAUCAGUACUGGUGACUCUGGUCUCCAGUAGAUCCUCGGUGUAUUUCUUGAACCACCCCAACGAGCUUCUCUAUUUGGUUGGCAUCGCUUGGCCUUAUCCGGUGAUUUCAUUUAGUCUGGACCAAACGAUGUUUCAUCAAUUGGUCAUGGCUACCUAUAACAACAUUCGCAAAGAUGAAAGGCCGUGCGAUGACAAAGCAACCAUGCGGACCCAUUCUCAAUGUAAUUGGGACCAGUUCCAAGAGCGGACUCGACUCCAAAGGAACAUUUCAUGCAUUCCAACGCCAUUUUGGGCUCUGAUCGAGGACGUUCCUGAGUGGAAGAAAAAACCUUGCGAGGAUGAAAUGGAGGCUAGAAGUAUGACACCUCGACUCUCUGGGAUCCUCCAUUGGGUAACCAGCUCACCCAUGAUUUGCAUGAAACCAUGCACCCGUUAUGAGUUACAAACCUCGCCACUGCCGUUUAAUCACGCUCUAGGUAAAAAUUCAGAAUCAGAGAUUCGAUUAGCGAUGUCCUUCUUGGCGACGGAUUCUUUGGUUACCACCGAAUACAAGAUAUAUUCAUUUGUAUCGGUUCUUUCGGCCAUUGGAGGGACCAUGAGUAUGUUCUUGGGAUGGUCUUUGUAUAAGAGCUUCGAUGAUAUUGUUAAUUCUUUCGUUGGGAUCUUUCAGUCGAAGAACAUAAUCAUGGUGAAAAGCUAACUCUGUGAUUAUACUUAUGAACUAAUGGAAAAUGGACGGCGAUGCUUUGGCCUAAAACUGGCGUGACACUGGUAUCAGGUCGCCACAACUACAUAUUUUGGUUUUACUUCAAUCGAAUAACUGGAUCAGAAGUUAUGCAUUCUCAAAGCUUUAUUGUAAAAUUGCCGUUAUGAAAAUCAUUCAUUUUGGGCCCUUUUGUGUUUUGAGAGGGCAUAAUUUUGUACCCAGUCGUUCAAUUGAACCGACACUUUAAAUGCGUAAGAGCAUUAACCUGGGGCCCCUCUGAUAUGAAGGAAUUUGUGAUGCAUUCACUUGCUUCCAA